AACCCUAACCCCCCAAUCUCCAAUCACUAACUCAUCAUUCUCCAUCUCUCAAUCUCUCGAUCUCUCUCAAUUUCUCGAUCUCUCAAUCUCUCUCAAUCUGUCAGUGUCUCUGUUCCAUAAGAUGAUGACGCCAGUGAAGAAACAUCUCGCAAUAAGACCAGUUGAGUUCUACGGCAACGGGCUUCCCCGACCUCGUUUCUUCGAUAAUCCUCAGUUCAACUCUUGCCGUGUUGAUCCGCCACUCUCUGUGCUAGAUCCGCUUCUCACAUGGGCGAGAGACGCUCACUGGUCCAUGGGUGGUCUCAACUUCACUCGUCUCCGUCUCCAGGGUCGAAUCGAAGGAAACGUCAACAAGCUCCGUGCUCAGCUUGAGAAAUCUACCCCUGUGAAACUCGAAUCCGGUAUUUCUGAGAGGAAGAAGAAGAGAUCUGGUUCUGAGUCUCCUCCUCCGGCUCCCGUUAUUGUCAAACGAAGGAGGUACUUAGAUCUGAACGAUUCUGACGAUGAAGAGGUCGGAUCUGAAGAUGAAGGUGUCGUUGGAAUCAGGAGAAAGCUCUCUGAUGAGUUUGAUAAAGUCGCUGAAGACAACAUUCCCCAAGUGGUGGUUAACGCCAACAAGAAAUCCAUUAAAUCGGAAUUGGUUGAGAAGAUUUUGAAGGAGAAGAAGACUGAGAAAGUGAACAAGACGAGUUCAACGAGGACAUCACCAAGAUUGGCUAAGCGUAGUUCCUAGUUAGAUCUCUCUAUGUAGGGUUUAGAUCUGAAGAGUAUAGUCUUUUUUUUUGUAUUUGUGCUUAUAUGAACUUCUCUGCUUUUAUAUGAAUUAGAACAAAGGAACUAGAUUGAAUGCAUCAAAAUGAUUCUUUGUAUACAACAAAAUUUGAGAAUCAGAUUUUCACUGUUGAAAGAAAAUGACAACAGUUUUUUU